AUGAGCUCAAGCGAUUAUUAUGACGAUGAUCCUUUUGACUCUGUUGUCCUCAACGGCUUGGACGAGAUCGAGGCCGCCUAUUCCACCUCUCAACCUCCUAAUCCGCCGGCUCAACAACCAAAGCCAGCUCCUCCCAAGCAUACCGAAUCAGAUGACAUGUUUGACGACUUUUCCUUUGAUAUACCAGACGAUGAGCUUCGGAAACUUGAUGCCAUGAGUAAUGCUGCGGACCAGAGGAAACCCCAGUCUGUCGCAGGUCCCUCACGUCCUUCAAAUACGGUCCAAAGGACUCUACAUGGUGAUGUGCUCCAGCCGACAACACAUUCAAAGAAGGCCAGCACCUCUAAGCCAAAGAGCGCGCAUACACUCAAACCUUCCUCUCGAAACAACUCAUUUGGCCAGCAAGCCCCUCAGACAAAGCAAUGGGAUCACACCGAAUUUGCGAAGUCCGGGUGGAAGAAGCCCAAGUCUGCCAAGGGCAAGGGAAAGGCUUUGAAAGAUGUGGAUGAAGACGCUGACGAGGCAGAAGAGAACGUUGAGUUUGAGCAAUUUCCUGCUCCUUUCGUUCCAGUAGGGUGCCCUCCGCCCAUGAAAUUGCAUGUAGACAUGCUUGAGGCCAAACAUUGGAUAUAUCCGCUAAAUAAGCCCAGGAGAGACUAUCAAUAUAAUAUCGUACGGCAUUGUUUAUUUGAUAAUACGUUAGUAGCUCUACCAACGGGCCUGGGCAAGACGUUCAUAGCUGGAGUCGUCAUGCUUAACUAUUAUCGCUGGUUUCCGGAGGGAAAGGUCGUAUUCGUGGCACCAACGAAGCCCCUAGUGGCUCAACAGAUUGACGCAUGCCACAAAACAUGUGGUAUACCGGGGAGUGACGCUGUAGAACUUACAGGCAACAACCCUAGGCCAUACAGGUCGCAAAUGUGGGAAACGAAGCGCGUCUUCUACAUGACACCACAAACGCUACUCAACGAUUUGAUAAGUGACAAUUGUGAUCCCGGAAGUAUCGUUCUCCUAGUCGUAGACGAGGCACACAAGGGCACAGGAGAUUACGCUUAUGCCCAGGUAGUGCGAUAUCUCAUGGCGAAGAACCCGCAUUUUCGGGUCCUUGCUCUAACUGCCACUCCGGGCAGCAACCCAGAAGCAGUUCAGGCGAUCGUGGAUUCACUUCACAUCAGCCGAAUCGAAAUACGGAACGAAGCCAGUCUCGACCUCAUAGAAUAUAUGCACAAAAAGGAGAUAAAACAGCACAUUGUGCAUAUGUCAGAGGACAUCGAGAGAGCCAAGUCAUUGCUGAAGAGGGUGAUGGAGAACGUCGGCAAACCCCUUAUAAACGCUAGCAUCCUUCCGCCUCUGGACAUGGUCAAGCUGCACCCGUAUCGAUGCACAGCCCUCGUCCAGCAAAUAGGAGCCCAGCGCAACUCUCAAAAAUGGGCCAUGGGAGCGCUUUCCAGACUAUCGAAUUUAGCUCGAUGUAUGGGCUACCUUCUCGAAAGCAGCGCCAGCAUGUGCUAUCACUCGCUUCAGGAGUUUGCUAGUGGGAAUUCAGCGAGUAAGAAGAUAGCAGAAGGCGACGACUUCAAGGCACUCGCGCGUGAACUACAGACACAGCUCGACCACGGAUCUUCCCUUCAUCCUAAAAUGGAGCUGUUAAAAGACCUCCUCGUGCAGCACUUUGGUACAAGAAUGGGUGAGGAUGAGGAUGGCGGUGAAGACACACGUGCGAUGGUCUUCAUUACAUUCCGAGACUGCGUCGACGAGGUGGUGAAUGUGCUCAACCAAGAAAAUCCCCUCAUCCGGGCGACGAGGUUUAUCGGACAAGGCACCGACAAGUCAGGUAGGAAAGGUUUUGCUCAAAAAGAGCAGCUACAAACAAUCCAGAAGUUUAAGGACGGAACCUUCAAUGUUCUAGUGUCAACAUCCAUCGGCGAAGAAGGAUUGGAUAUCGGCGAAGUUGAUAUGAUCGUGUGUUACGAUGCUCAGAAGACUCCCAUUCGCAUGCUUCAACGAGUUGGGCGCACAGGUCGCAAACGGGCGGGUUACGUCCAUGUCUUGCUCGCCGAGACUCGAGAGGAGGCAAACUGGGACAAAGCACAAGAGACAUACGAAGAUCUACAGAAAGCGAUCGUUCGGGGUGACCAAGUAGAACUUUACGGGGACGUCCCUCGCCUACUUCCUGACCAUGCUAAGCCCCAGCCCCUGGAGAAGGUGAUGGAAAUUGAAGCUUAUUCGCGGGACGUACCUCUGCUUCGCAAAAAGUCCUCGGCCGUUGGUGGUGACGAUCCAUCGGGAAAGGGAAAGAAGAGAAAGCGUAAUGAUGAUAUAGCGCGUAAUAUCCCUGCUGGUGCUGCCACUGGGUUCGUCAGUGUAGCAGAGUUACUCGUCAAGAAGCCUAAGAAAAAGAAGAAACGAGUGUUCAACGAAGAUGCAGGGGAGGAUGAUUCCACAGAUAUGGAACUCGAGUCUGGCAUAUUAGACAUACGAAGAACAGUUUCCACUCCUGCGGAGACCUCUUCCAGCAAGAAGACAAAGUCUGCUAAACUACGUAAAUCGGCGACUACUGUUACCUCAAAGCCCGAGAAGGCAUCAACGGCACGGAAGAAAGCAGCAAAGAAGAAACAACUUCCCCAGGUUAUCGACGACGAAGACGACUUAAACCUAGGACAGGAUACACUUUUAGCAAAGCGGAGACCAGAUACGUCCGCUUCCUCUACAACACGGGCAAAUGCAAGGACCCAGCGAUCCCUAUCGCUUUCUUCAACUGAACGUAGUCCACAGCAGCAGUCAGUUCUGCCGCCAUAUGACGAGGAGCUAUCUGGUAUAUCACAGCGUCGUCUAUCGCCCCUUACUGCCCAGAAGCAUGAUGUUAUUGAAUUAACUUCGUCGCCCGUCCCUUCAAGAUCUGCAUCCCCGUCGUGGAAAAACAUAGAUCAAUCGAAGGCCUCUACCUCAAGUAACACUUCAGACAAGAAUUCAGUUCAACGCCCGCUUGCUCAAGACUCGGAUCUGGUGUCUCCGCCAAAAAGCAUGGCCUGGCUCAUUGAAAGCGACGAAGACCCCGAUAUUCAUAUCGUUGAUUCCUCCCCAAUGGCUCCAAAGCACUCGUCCCAGAAAGCAUCAGUGCCACCAUAUCAAACUCCGUCAAAGCGUAAUAUUAUAGAGCGUCCAACAUCUACCAGAGCCAGAAUGUUUGAUGAUAGUGUUAUCAUAGUCGAGCCCGGAUCGUCAUCACCCCUCGUUGGACUCUCGGCCUUGGACAACACAUCUUCCCCUGAACAUGCCUUCCCCGAAGCUACCUUCGCCGUCCGUCCCUUGGGGCAGCCCCGCCUCAAGAGGCGUCCUGCAAUGGUGGACUCGUCGCCGAGCAUGCCUCCCCCACCUCAAAAACGACUUCAGCGUAGAAACUCCGAGGACCCUGAUUCGCCUGCGCCUGUGCAAGCGCCUCCUCCACCGCGGAUGAAGCGUCAACGCAUACGGAUGAAGUACAACGCGUGGCUUAAUGGUGAAGCAGCUCACUCGGGCGACGAGGUGUCCGAGGGCGCAUCAUGUUCGGACGACGACCAAGAGAGCGAGUCCGACCGGCGUUUCCUACAGGAACCUCCCGAGACGCAGGUCUCGCCGUCCUAUGACCAGACAGUGGCAUAUCGUCAGGGUCUGAUGACGCAGGCUCCUCUCGGAGGUCCGUUAUUCGCCAACCGACCCGUGCGAGGAGGCCCGUACCUCCACAAUGAGACCAUGCGACGAAGGCCCCUCGUUUCAAGUUCCCCUGUCCGAACAGACGGGGAGCCAGAUGAAUAUGAGUAUGGGAGCUUCAUUGUUCAAGACGAUGCCGAGAUAAUAUAUGAGGGACCUUCAAGUGAUGCGGGAUGAUAGG